AUGGCGUCUCCUACAGUGUCCGAGAACAAGCAGAAGAUGGCUCGCGGCGAGCUGUACCAUGCGUUCACGCCGGAGCUCGUCGCCGAGCGUACAAGGUGCAAGACGGCGCUGCGUGCUUAUAAUGCCCUCGCCGGCGUAGCGUCACGGCGAGAGUUGGUCCGCCUCUGGAGAGAGGUUGUCGGCGACACCACGCCGCUGCCAGCAGAGCUGCCCGACGCGGCGGCCGACGAGGCGCAGCUCGAGGACGAGCCGCUCGUUGAGGCGCCCGUCUUCAUGGACUACGGCACGCAGGUGAAGCUGGGCAAGGGCGUCUUCAUCAACGCCUACUCGACAUGGGUCGACACGUGCACCAUCACCGUCGGGGCGCGCACACUUUUCGGCCCGCACGUCUCGCUGUACAGCGGCACGCACCCGCUGGACCCGGAGGUGCGCGACGGCACGAAGGGUCCCGAGUCGGGCAAGCCCAUCACCAUCGGCGAGGACUGCUGGAUCGGCGGCAACGCCACCAUCCUGGCGGGCGUCACCGUCGGCCGCGGCGCGACGGUCGGCGCGGGGAGCGUCGUCACCAAGGACGUGCCGCCGUUCCACGUCGUCGCGGGCAACCCGGCGCGCGUCAUCCGCAAGAUCAAGACAAACAUGGAUCCCGGACAGAGCUUGCAAGAGGCGCAUCGCGACACGCAAGGGGCGGAGCGACCCAUGGCGGACAUGUCGUAA